AUGGCCAAGCUGCUACUCCCCUGCCUGCUCCUCGUGCUGCUGCUCCUGGCGCCAGCCUUGCCUGCACCCCAAGGGCGGGGGCUCAUCGUAAACCUGGACACCGGGGAGCUGUGUCUGAACAGUUUCCAGUGCAAGAGCGGCUGCUGCCGACAUGAAGGACUCCUGAGCCUGGCCCGAUGCACACCAAAGGCAGCUGAGCUCCAAGGGUGCUCCCGGAAAAGCAUCUAUAAUGUCUACUACAAGUGUCCCUGUGAGAGCGGCCUGACCUGUGAUGCCGACAGGACCAUCGUGGGCAGCAUCACCAACACCGACUAUGGCAUCUGCAUCGACCCCGGGAGCUCUGACAAGCGGCGCUGAAGGGGGAGACCCGCUGGUACCCCCCUCCCUGUGCACCC